UGGCCUGGCUCAGACUUUGAGGCCUCGCCUUGCGCUCUCCAAUUUUGUGCCCAAACCCCAAACCCUAGCUCCCUGCCCAAUUCGAUCCCACCAUCUCGCCAUGGACAGCUCCGGCGCCGAGGCCGCCGCCGGCGCCACCGAGACCAAGAAGAAGCCUCCCGCGGCGGCCAAGGGCAAGGCAGUGGGGAAGGGGAAGCCGGCCGGCCCCAAGGCGUCAGCAUCGGCCAAGGAGAGCAGCCUCCUCAAGCAGAAAUCGCCGGCUGAGUUCUUCGCCGAGAACAAGAAUAUUGCUGGGUUCGACAAUCCUGGCAAAUCCUUGUACACCACGAUGCGGGAGCUAGUUGAGAAUGCCCUUGAUUCAGCCGAGUCCAUCUCGGAGCUCCCUGACAUUGAGAUUACAAUGUAAGCAAUCCCUAAAAGAGAUCACGAAGAGCAAAUUCAACACAAUGAUAGGGCUUGUUGAUCGGGAGCGUGUUGAUGAGGCGCUUUAUGAUGAUUUUGAGUCUGAAAAGGCUCGUGAGAAACGCCUGGCUAAGGAAGCACGUUUCCAAGAAACUCAAGCUAAAAAUGCUGCACUUGGGAAGAAAGUUAAGGAGGCUCCAGCUGUUCGAGGAAAAGGCCGGGGCGAGGCUGCAUUUUUCAAAGUGACCUGCAAGGAUAAUGGUCGAGGUAUGCCACAUGAUGAUAUCCCAAAUAUGCUUGGUAGAGUUUUGUCGGGCACAAAAUAUGGUUUGAGGCAAACACGUGGGAAGUUUGGACUUGGUGCUAAAAUGGCACUUAUAUGGUCAAAGAUGAGCACAGGGCUUCCUAUUGAAAUUAAGUCAUCAAUGAAAGGCCAGCAUUAUGUUUCAUUCUGUCGCCUGGACAUAGAUAUUCAUAAGUAUGUACAACUUUGUUGGUUCACUGUCUGUCAGAAUUAUGUUUCAUUCUGUUGCCUGGACAUAGAUAUUCAUAAAAAUGUCCCUCAUGUUCAUUUACAUGAGAAAAGAGAGAACAAAACUCACUGGCAUGGGGCAGAAAUUCAAGUUAUAAUUGAGGGAAAUUGGACAACGCAUCGUUCAAAGAUCCUCCAUUAUAUGCGUCAGAUGGCGGUCAUCACACCAUAUGCUCAGUUCCUUUUUAGAUUUCUAGCUGAUGCAGCAGACAAAAAUUUAACAAUAAAGUUUGCACGCCGGACAGAUGUUAUGCCUCCUGUUCCACUUCAAACAAAGCAUCACCCAUCUGCUGUUGAUUUAUUACUGAUAAAGCGCUUAAUCGCAGAGACUACAAAACAAAAUCUUUUGCAGUUUCUGCAACAUGAAUUUGUGAAUAUAAGCAAAUCGCAUGCUGAACGAUUAAUUGGGGAGAUGGGACCUGAUUUUAGUCCAAAAAUGACAGUUAAGAGCCUUACAUCACAGCAGUUAGUUCGAAUACAUCAAUUAUUUCGGCAGGCUAAGUUUGAUGAUCCCAGUGGCAACUGUCUUAGUCCUGCAGGUGAAUAUAAUUUACGUCUGGGUAUCAUAAAAGAGCUACACCCUGAUAUGGUGGCAACACAUGCAAGCAGCCCUCAGGUUUUUGAAGGUCAUCCAUUUAUUGUUGAAGCUGGGAUAAGCAUUGGUGGAAAAGAUGUUAAACAAGGUCUAAAUAUUUUUAGGUUCGCAAACAGAAUACCACUUCUUUUUGAACAAGGUGCCGAUGUCAUCACAAGAACUGCAGUGAAAAGGAUCAAUUGGAGCAGCUACAAAAUUAAUCAACAGCAAGAUAAGAUUGGUGUCUUUGUGAGCAUUGUAAGUACAAAGAUACCUUUUAAAGGAACUGGAAAGGAGUACAUAGGGGAUGACAUAACUGAAAUAUCAUCUGCUGUUAAGUCAGCUCUGAAGCAGUGCUGCCUUCAACUGAAGUCUAAGAUUGUGAAGAAACUUCAGGCCCGUGAGCGGCAGGACAGGAAAAGGAACUUGAACAGAUAUAUUCCUGAUGUUGCAAGAGCGAUUAUGGAGACUCUGGUAGAAAUUGCAGAUGAAUCUCCCCCGAAACGGCCACGUUAUGAUAAGGAAGACGAGGAACUCCUUGAGAAGAUAAAUUCUCAGGAGGUGACGGAGAUAACCUUCAAAGAUUGCUUGACUCAGCAUGUUGAACAGGUUGAUUAUGAAAUGGCACUGGACUACGCCAUGCAGAGUGGAGUGAGCGAGGAGCCCCGAGAAGCAAUAUUUUUGAACUCACUUGAAGGAUCUUACAAGUCUGUCGACUUUCGAAGUCCUGUAUUUGUGUUCAGAUUUAUUCUUUGAAAGGGAACUUACACGUCCAUCUGUUCUCCAACCGAUCAAUCCCAAGUUCCAAUCAUUCUUAGGAUCCCAAGUUCCAAUCAUUCUUAGGAUACCUGAGUUUAUGACUCAUCUGUUUUGGCUCAGUCAUAGUUGUAGCACAUACAUUACAAGUUGAUAUGUAGUUUCAAUCUAGGAUACCCCUGUAUGUUGCAUUUAUAGAGGUUUACUACAUGUGAUUCAAAUCAGCGUGGUGGGGUUUGAUGUCCAGGACUGCA